CAAAAUUAUUUUAUAAUAUGGGUAAUGCAUAAUGCUGUAAUAAAAUUGUCUAAGAUGAGGAUGUCUCAGAAGUCGUAAUCCUUUAAGAUUCUAAUUAAUAAUCUGCUAAAUUAUAAGAGUAUCAAGUUUUUAUUCAUUUUAUAAUAGUGUUUAAUAAGUAAUACAUAGCUAUAAAAAAACAGAAGAAUGUGGAACUCCUGCAUUUCCAGAAUUAAGGUCUCAGUAAAGUAAAAAAUCGGAACAAUCUUAAUCAAUGAAAGAAAUUUAAUUUUUAAGGCAAGUUGACAAAGAUGAACAAAUUUUUAAAUCAACCUGCACCUUAGGUAAAAAAAGAUAAAAUGAUUCUCCUAUUGUUGCAUUCGAAGCUAAGAAUUCUUUAAGAUCUUUUGAUUCUAAUAGACUUAAAAAACUAUAAUCAGUUACUGAGCAAUAAAUUAAUCUAAAAAAUAUAUCUUCACCUAGAGAUGAAGAUUCAUUUAUGCAAGAUAGUUAAAAGGGUGGGUAUCCAGAUGAAAAAUCAGCUAAAAGUAUUCUUAAAUAAGAAAUGAAGUAUAGUAGAUUUAGGAAUUAAUAAAAUUAAGCUGAUAGCACUCUAAGAAAGGUUCAAUUUAAUUUAGAAUGA